AUGGCCCCUCCUAAGAUCUUCUCCCUCGAAGGCAAAGGCCUCAAGCUCGACAGUGCGGAGGACAUUGAGACUCACAUCAAGCCCCUGGUAGAAAGCGUUGAUUACACUGAGAUUCGGCUUGGUGGCAACACCUUGGGCGUGGGUGCUUCUGAGCGCUUGGCCACUGUCCUCUCGACGCAGAAGAACCUCGAGGUGGCCGAUCUCGCGGACAUCUUCACCUCCCGCCUCUUGUCGGAAAUCCCGCCUGCCUUGACCUCCCUGCUGAAUGCCAUCAACGAGAUCCCCACCGUCCACACCGUGAACCUCUCCGAUAAUGCCUUUGGUCUCAAUACCCAGGCCCCCCUCGUCGAUUUCCUCUCGCGCCACUCCCCUCUCCGUCACCUGAUUCUCAACAACAAUGGACUUGGCCCGGCCGCUGGAACCUUGGUUGCCAAUGCCCUUACCAAGCUGGCAGAGCGCAAGGAGGAGGCCCGCAAGGCCGGUAAAGAGGUUGCGCUGCUGGAGAGCAUUGUCUGUGGGCGAAACCGCCUGGAAAAUGGCAGUAUGGAAGCGUGGGCCCGCGCUUACGAGGUGCAUGCCGCGGGUAUCAAGUCGGUGAAGAUGACACAGAACGGCAUUCGGCAAGAGGGUAUCUCGCACCUACUGAAGAACGGUCUCCGACAUGCCAGCGUUCUCGAGGUCCUGGAUCUGCAAGACAACACCUUUACCAUUAUGGGUUCUACUGCUCUGGCAGCCGUCCUAGAGGGUUGGCCCUCGCUGCUCGAGCUGGGUGUAGGUGACUGCCUGCUUUCGGCCCGUGGCGGUGUCAAGCUCGCCCAAGCUCUGGCUGCGAACAAGAACCAGAAGCUACAGACCCUCCGUCUCCAGUACAACGAGAUCAAGGCAGACAGUGUGAAGCAACUCGCACAUGCGGCCAAGACGGCCCUCCCGAGCCUGCGCCGUGUGGAGCUUAACGGAAACAUCUUCUCUGAUGAAGACCCUCACAUUGCUGACCUGCGUGAGCUUCUGGAGGCUCGUCAGGAGGAGCACGGUACCGAUAACGACCCCGAGGACACCUGGGGUAUCGACGAGCUGGACGAGCUGGAGGAGGAGGAGGAGGAGGAAGAAGAGGAGGAAGCAGAAGAGGAAGAGGAGGAAGAGCGCAAGGCCGACAAGGACCUGAAGGACACCGAGCGCGCCGAAGAGGAGAAGGUGGCCCAAAAGUCAGACAAGGAUGUCGAUGCGCUCGCCGAUGUUCUGGGCAAGACGGGUCUGUAA